GCCGAUGCUAUGGAAACAAAGCAAACGAGUUUAAGCAAACAUAACUUGCAGUAAUGGCUUCAAUGAAUAACCAAAAAGAAAUUGAGCUCUUUGAGGGCCAAUCUCUUCUGUACAUGCAGCUAUAUGGGCACCUAAGACCUAUGUGUCUUAAGUGGGCUGUUCAACUAGGUAUUCCAGACAUAAUACAGAACCAUGCCAAACCCAUUUCUCUUUCUGACUUGGUCUCUACUCUUCAAAUUCCACCAGCUAACGCUGCUUUUGUGCAGCGGUUCAUGCGCUUCUUGGCACACAAUGGAAUCUUUGAGAUCCAUGAGAGCCAAGAAGAUCAUGAACUAACAUAUGCUCUAACCCCUGCAUCAAAGCUUCUUGUCAAUAGUAGUGAUCAUUGUCUAUCUCCAAUGGUUCUAGCGUUUACCGAUCCACUUCGGAACGUUAAAUACCAUCACUUGGGGGAAUGGAUUCGUGGGGAGGACCCCUCAGUAUUUGAGACAGCCCACGGAACAAGCGCUUGGGGACUUCUUGAGAAAAAUCCUGAAUAUUUUAGUCUCUUCAAUGAGGCUAUGGCAAGUGAUUCCCGAAUAGUAGACUUGGCACUCAAAAAUUGCACUUCAGUUUUUGAGGGGCUAGAUUCCAUGGUGGAUGUUGGUGGUGGAACUGGAACCACGGCCAGAAUUAUCUGUGACGCAUUUCCUAAGUUGAAAUGUGUUGUGCUUGACCUUCCUCAUGUUGUAGAGAACUUGACAGGGACCAAUAAUUUGAGUUUUGUUGGUGGUGACAUGUUCAACUCUAUCCCUCAAGCUGAUGCAGUGCUACUAAAGUGGGUUUUACAUAAUUGGACCGACGAAAAUUGCAUAAAGAUCCUGCAAAAGUGUAGAGAUUCUAUUUCAAGCAAAGGCAACAGUGGAAAAGUGAUUAUCAUAGAUGCCGUAAUAAAUGAGAAGCUAGAUGACCCGGAUAUGACACAAACAAAGCUUAGUUUGGACAUUAUUAUGUUGACGAUGAAUGGAAGAGAGAGAACGGAAAAAGAAUGGAAACAACUCUUCAUCGAAGCAGGAUUCAAACACUACAAAAUAUUUCCCAUCUUUGGUUUUAGAUCUCUGAUUGAGGUCUAUCCUUGAACAUUUUUAUGAUGUGUAUGUCACACUUAACGUUUAUAUUUAUGAACAUCCUCAGACAUCGUUGUAAUUGUAUUUAGUGGUUUGCGUGUUGUUUGCUGAAUAAAGCUAUGAUGACAUAGCAUUAUCAACUUCUGGUGGAAUUACAUUAUGUUCCUCCCCGCUAUGUUGUUAAAUGUUCUGUGUACGGAUUUCUCAUUCCUAUUUGGCCAAAAUAAAUUGAAUAAACAUGUAAUGGAUGCAAUCAAUAUACAAUGUUUUGGUAUGGCUUUA